AUGCCGCGAAUUCUCUUUGUUAGUGGUUUUCACCCUGCAACCCGUGCUAGAGACCUUGCCUAUGAAUUUGAACGGUUUGGUCCUCUAGUCCGUUGCGACGUUCCUGCACCGCGCAACCCACAUGCUGCAUCGAAUCCCUAUGCCUUUGUCGAGUUUAGAAGCACCAGGGAUGCCGAAGACGCCUAUUAUGAUAUGCACGGAAGGUACUUUGAGGGAUCCCGUUUGAGCAUCCAAUGGGCCAAGAACCCCCCUUCGAGCGUUUGGCGCUACGAGCGCCGCUCUUCCCCACCUCCCCGUCGAACCCGAUCGCGUUCGCCUCUGCCACCGCCCGGUCCUCCCCCUCCUCGCCGUGACUACGACCGAGAUUACGACCGAGACCGUGAUUACGACCGCGACAGGGACUACGACAGGCGAAGGAGGUCUAGGAGCCCUGAUUUGAGGAGGCGCUCCCCCUCCCCUCGCAGGAGGGACGAAGAGUUGAGGAGGCGAGAUGAAGAGUUGAGGAGGAGGGAUGAAGAGUUGAGAAGGAGGGAGGAGGAUAUGAGGAGGGGUGGACCCAAUGGAAGGGACGACAGAGCCAGGACUCCGCCACCUCCUGUCCAAGCUUCCGCUGGUGAUGUUCCCUUGAAGGGCGGUGACAGAGCCAAUGGCGGUGGGGAGAGGAACGGUGAUGUGGCUCACACCCCUCCUUAUGAACGUUGA